AGCCGCCCCUCGGGGGCGUGGGGCUGCGGGCACGGCGGGGGCCGCUGCGGCCGCUGCAGGCAGCAUGGGGCGGGCAGCGGCGUGGGGCUCCCGGCUGCUGCUGGUGGUGGUCGUGGUGGUGGUGGUGCUGUGCGGGACAGCGGCGGCGGGGGGCCCCGGGACGGCCCCGCUGCUGUGCAAUGUGAGCCUGGACAGCCCCGCCGAGGAGCGGUGGCUGCCGGUGCUGAGGCACUUCGAGCCCGCCUUCCUGCGCGCCGCCGUCGCCCGGGUCAUCGAUGAAACCGUGCCAAAAUGGGUCCACGAAGUUAUUCAGCCAAUUGCGGCAGAGCUGGAGUCCUUCAUGCCGCAGCCCUUCGCAGGGGAAAUCCUGGGGCUGUGCAAAGCCCUGGGAAUCAGUUUGGGUGACGGAGUUCUGCUUAACUUCGCCUAUGAAUCCACCGCGUUCUGUACUAGUAUUGUCGCUCAGGAUGAAAAAGGAAACAUUUACCAUGGUCGGAACCUGGAUUAUGACUUUGUAGAUAUAUUAAGUAAAAUUACAAUUGAUGUGCAGUUUAUAAAAAGUGGACAGAUAGCAUAUCAAGGAACCACAUUUCUUGGUUACGUAGGCUUAUGGACUGGACAAAGUCCACACAAGUUCACAGUCUCUGGUGAUGAACGAGCGGGUGGUAGCUGGUGGGAAAAUGCAAUAGCUGCUUUUCUGAAUCGAAAUUACCCUGUCAGCUGGCUCGUCCGAGAUACCCUGAGCAGAGCAGAGGACUUUCAGUCAGCUGUUCUCAGACUAGCUGGCAUUCCCAUCAUUGCUGAAGUUUACUAUAUUGUAGGAGGUGUAUCACCCAAAGAAGGCAUGGUCAUAACGAGGAAUAGAAGAGGGCCAGCUGACCUCUGGCCUCUUGAUCCUUUAAGUGGAGCGUGGUUUCGUGUGGAGACAAAUUAUGACCAUUGGACUACCCCUCCUCCUUUUGACGACCGAAGAACUCCAGCCAUGAAAGCUCUCAAUGCUACUGGACAGCAGAAUAUCAAUUUUGAUACGCUCUUUCAGGUGUUGUCAGUGAAGCCAGUCUUAAAUGAUAACACAGUGUAUACCACAGUAAUGAGUGCUGCAUUUCCAGAGAAGUACCAGACAUGGAUUAGAACUAUGAAGUGAAGAGGUCAGACCAAACUGGCGAAAAGCUGAAGCUUUCCAAGACCAGCAUAAGCUUUUAAAAUCACACUCAAAUGCAGAACAGUUGUUUUGGCUUACUAAUUGUGCAAACCAUUCAGGAAAUAAUGACUUGUUAGUUCUUUGAAGUGUUGCAGAUGAUACUGUUAAUGAACUGUAAAGGAAGAUUGAUUUUAUUUUAAUUAUAUUCAUGUUCUAGCAGCUGUUGAUGACUAAAAACUGUUUUUUUAUUGUUUUUGGAAAGAGUUGUGCAAUUUGAUUGUACUCAUGUACUUACUAAUAAAUAAAAACUAAAUAUAUUUUGUGUGGGAUGUAGGUCUGAACAUAAUUAAAUAAAUAUACACAGCUGAUUGCUUGAUUUAUGAAGACCUGUGGUGAUAAUACCACUGUCAUCAUCUGUUUCUGACUUGUAUGGGGCCUGUGAAUGUGAGCCCAGCAGGGUCAGGUGCUGUGCCAAGCAAGAAUUGGCCUGAGUGCUGGGGAAGCUGGAAGAGUUAGAGAACAGGGUUGCUGCAGGUCGUGAGACUGUCUCAGCCUUUGUUCAGCUGCAUCACCGUGGCCAUCCUGUCCUGAGGCACUCCGUAGAUCUUCCUCAAGACAAAAGUUACUGCAUCAGUGCAAAGGAACAUGACUACACGGUGUGAAUACCACUGCAGGCAGUAUCUUUUCUCUUCAGCUAUGGUUCUCCAGUGCACAAGUUCUUCAGCUGUUUUUAUUAGGCUUAUGCAAGAUUACUGAGAGGCAUGUAGUCUUAAGAUGGUUCCCAGGUAAUAUGGAAAGCACUUGACUUAUAGCAGUAGAUAAGGUAGUGGACCAUAAACAGAUUUUCAGUCUGUCUAAGGACUGUAUUUAGUAUAAAGUGAGGAAAUAUGGCUACUCAUCAGAAAUCAGGAGUUAUUUAAGGAGAUGUGAUGAUACAGACUUCUUCCUCACAAUAGAUGAUAGAAGUUUGUGAUGGAAUAGUUGUGAGAUUAGAAAAUGGAUUGUUUUCCUUUUUAAUAUUUGAAAGCUGUCUUCAAUAGAAACUUUACAACUCCCUUUUCUAGUGCAGAGGUGGUUUUUUGUUUUGUUUUGCCUAGUUGUGCUGUGACUGUGUACUGUGAAUUAGGCACUUCUUGCAAGCACCCGAGAAAUACAGGAUUUAAGGAGUCAAGAGCAAUGGAUACCUUCACAUAAAGCGCAGAGGUCUGGAUCUUUACCAGACAAAAUUCAGGGGAGUGCCUGUGAAAAUUUUACCUAGAAGAAGGUAUGAUUGUAGCACUAGGUGAGAGAGCCAUUUCCAGAUAUAUGCAAUGCUAUCUGCAGUGCUGGUGUGCCGGUUAUGCAAACUGUUCCCAAGUGAGCCUUCUGGAGAUGUGGUCCCUUUAUCUCCUUGCGCUGAGUCUGGCUAAGUGUCGUAACCUACUUACCUGCAUCCUCUACUUCUGCCUGGAUAAAUGAGCUGCCAGCUUUGCCUUGACCCAGUUUGUAUAAUGAUGUUAGUAGUCAUAUACCAGAACUGAUAAAGCUGAAAAAUUGAGGUUUUCUGGAAGAGGAUGUGAAUAAUGGAAAUUACAAUAUCUUUGAGAUAUCAGGAUGAUGUUGCUUUAAUCCACAGAGCAGACACUGACUCCUCAUUCCACCAGGUUUUCCUUAUGUAACUGCCACCCACAAGUAAAGGCAAAACAAUCCUCACAGGAAUAAUUUUGCAUAGCCUUCUUGACCUCAGCAGUGUUAGGCUGAUUAUCUUCUGCCAGCGGUGUGCCCAGAUUCUCAGUCCUUUAUAAAAUGAAUCAAACAUGUUUGCUUCCAAGUGUACAAACAGAUCUGGAGUGUGUAAAUAUUUGGUAUCCAUGAGUAUUCAGCAAACAGUUGUCCACUCCUGUAUUGUCUCUUCAGCUGAUCAGAAAGUGGUAAGGCUCAGUCACAGAACAUAUUAGUGAAAAAAAAAAAUGUUUUUUGAAUUUUAAGUGGGAGACUAGAUUUGAAAUAAUCUAUUUUGUUUUCCUUUUGUUCCUUUAAAAUAUUUUCUGAAAGCCUUGCAUUUUAUCAGUUUAUAAACAAACAUUCAGACACUCUGCCAAUAAAAUGAAGCCUUUAUGCCUAUAUAGAUAUAGGUAUAUGUAUUUUGCUAAGCAGAAGGAUAUGUAUAACUUUCUGGUCUUAGUUUAAUUACAUGCUAAAAAAUAUAAACGAAGUGUUAAACAACAUAUAUUACAAACAAGAUAAUCUGUGAAACGUGUUGAGCUUCUUUUGUCUAAGAAUUGAAAUCUGAUAAAAAUGCAGAAAGGUUUUUAAACAGUUUAAAUAAAACAAUGCUGGAUAUAUAAGGAAACAAUAAAUGUAGUACUGGUUGUUUUGA